CUUCAGAAAACCAACUGUAUGUGAAUGUUUGUGUAAAUACACAGGCCACUGGAGCACCCUUGUUUGGGAGCUUAUAUGACCUUGGGGUUCGGCUGAGUAAGGAGCAUCUCUCUGAAUGAAACGCAGCGCGCACCCUGCUGCCUGGCUGAGAAAAGGCGCACCCUCCUCCUCCUCCUCUUCCUCCUGCAUUUCAGUCACGCAGCUUUGCUCAGAUUUGAGAUGAAGCAUGAAGGAUGUGGUCGUAGCCUGGUAGCAUUAUCCAAAUAAUAAACAAAAUCGCGUCUGCAAUCGAUCAAUCGCUUAAUCUGAUUUGAGAAACGUUUCGGGAUCGUUUCCGGACAGAUACGCAUUCGAGCGCGUAAUUUGGGGGAUAAUCUGCAUUGCUUGCAUCCGAUUGAGCGACUGCAGCUCUCCGACAAUAGCGCAACGCGUAUUCAGAGACAUUUCUAAUCGUUAUCUUUUGCAACAACCGCCCGUGGUCAAAUUAGAGGUCGAGGUUUAAUUAACAUUAGUGAAAUCGGACACUAAUGGUUUGCAAUUAAGGUCACACAGUCUGUGAUGCGUUUCAUCCAGCACUACGAUGCUGCGGUAUGAGAGCAGGGAAAGAGCCUAGAGAUGGUGAUGGACAAUGUGCUGUCCAGCAGGUACAAUAAGGCAGCGGCGCUCCUGGUCCUGAAUGCAGCGGAGAGAGACACCUAACCGGGUGUCACCGUCAGCCCUGGAUGCUGCGAAAAAGAAUGGGGUACGCCGACCCAUCGGCGGGUAAAGACAUACUCGGCAACAGAUCUCUUUGUUUCAUAUUUAUUUGUGCAUUUGGACUCGUCACACUAUUGCAGCAGAUUCUCUAUGGGAAAAACUACAUUAAGAGGUAAGUGUUGUUUUUCUCUGUUUGGUUAGUUGGCAAAAUAAACCAAAGCACAGGCCUGUGACAGACUUACUCUUUGCAAAGGUAAUAUUAAAAAAAGCAUGCCCUCAUAGUCGUUUUGUUUGCUUUAAAGUAAGGACUAAUAUCCACGAGUUCAAUUGUUCAGUGUAAUCUGUUUUGAUACAUCAUGUUGGGGACGCAUGGGGGGUAAGAUGAGCUUUAAUGGCUGGGAAAGAACAAUAGCAAUUAACCAUCCAUCUUCUUCUCCAGUGGCAUAGAAACAGUUUCCAUUGGAUUUGUUUUUUUGAUAUUUUCUUAGAAAAUGCAGCAUCACAUUCAUACCAUACACAGCGCUCCAGCUGUGUAUGGUAAUGUUUUUUCUCUUUCUUUUCCCAAAGACCUUUAUUUUUAAUUUUCAGCUUUCUUAACUGGUCUUAGCCUACAUCUUACAAAGGCAUCAAAUAAGCAGAAUGCAGAAUGAGAGCUAGUAGAGCUGAUGAUGGCGAUAAUGAUGAUAACAGAGAGGAACAUGCUACAGAUGAUGUGUAUUUCUUACUGGUCCCUGUUAAAUAAAUCAUAUCAGCAGACUGCACUAAGUGCACUUAGCCUCUGCAGAGCUGUGUUUUAUAAGACCUCUGCUACACGAUUUAUCUCCCCCAUAUGGAAGUCUUGAAAAUCUUCUUCUUGCACCCGUUCUAUCCCAUCCCUCUUAACUGUUGGCCCCUUUUUCUUUUUUAAUCUGUUACAAAUUUCAGUGUGAGACGAGCAGAUGCUGAGAAGCCGGGGUGUUUGAUCUUUAGGUGGUUUGAAUCGCACAAAUCCCACUCUAAAAAAUGAAGGACCUAUCUGAAAACUUAACCUCCACCUUCCAGAUAUUUGGCACACAGCACAUGUAUGCUUACCUUUGAGCAAACAUGCAUGUGCUGCAGUCUGCCCACAGCUGACCCUCUCCCCCUUGAGACCCUGCUGGGCUGGUCUGAUUAAAAGCUCAAUGUGGAUUCAUGGCAUCAUGAACUCUGCACAGAGAUGCAUGAAUUCAAACACUGACACACACCUUUCUCUCGCCUGCGUCCUCACUUUACUCUCAUCCUGUAAAGAGAGAGAGAGAGGGAGAGAGUGGAGUGGGGGGGUGGGGGGAAAACAGCAAGCCGCAGGAACAGAGAGCAGUGGGCUCUGCGGCGGCCAUUUUGCUACAGUCUGUCUGCACACACGCCUCAGUGCGAGUGGAGAACGAGAGAGAAAAGCGAGAGAUGAGGAGAGGCUGGAGAAUGACUGUUUGCAUGUGAGUGAGAGAGGUGACGUCAUUUUGAUGUCACCUUAGGCAAAAACAAGCAGGAGUGGUUGUCGACUUGUGUUGCGACCACACCCAGCAUCUUCUCAAACACAAACAUAAGAAUGAGACAUGAGGGCAGGAGGCUGAUCGGGCUGUCAUGUCUUUCAGAGAGAGAUGAUGUGAGGGGCCAAGGCUAGAGCAGGAGCAGAGGAGGCAUUUGGGUGCUUAUGACACUAAAGAGGAGACAGUUUCAGCAUUUCAUCAAUCAAUGCUUCACGUUUACAUCCUUCCUCAACAAGAAAAAGAGCAAAAGACUCCUUUUAAGUGUACAAGGACGGCCGUUUAAGUCAAACUCAGCCACACGUGUUGGUGCAAAUAUUUGUGGCGACAUAUUUGUGACAUGCACCACGCCUGCUUUAACUCACAUUAGGGUGUAAGAGUGUAAAAUGGAAACUGAGUCUCUGUUUCAACUCUGUUUGACAUGAUGAGAGCGAUGUCUAAAAAUAAUCACGGCAUGAAAGAGUGGCACCAAAGGCCCCGAGUGGGAUCGCUAAUAAUGGUCCACAAAUGAGAAGCUUUCAAAAUCGGCUUUUGGCUGCAACUCUUGUUAUCGCUUGAAAUGUUAGUUUAUGUAACAUACAGAGCAAAAGCAAACAUGAAACCAGCUGAGGUCAGCUGUAUUGGUAAAGGACCUUGCAUACACUUUGAGCAAAAAAUUCAAACAGUAGAAAAUGUCUGAUUUCCACGUAAAACACAUCUUAUAUUAGGAAACAUCAAAAAAUGUUGUUUUGUAAGAUUUUCUUUAAUAUAUUACGAGAAAUUUGGGCUUUAGUUUGGACUUGUUAUAUCUAAAAUGGAGUUGUUUCUGGCCUUUUGAGAUAAAUGUGGUAUUUGGUGAAAUAUACUGGCAAAAUAGUCAGUAAAUACACUUUAAACUGUGAGUUUUGUAAUCCUUUACAUAAAAAAAACAGAUAGAACAUAUGCACAAAUUUUAAAAAACAACUGAUACAGUAAAAUUAAAUGAAAUAAACAUCAGAGGUUACAAUAAAUAAUAACUAAUUGAAAAACCAAGACGAAUCUGGUAUAUGCCAUGGACUUUUCAGGACUGUUUACUUUUUGAUGUGUUCAGCCUUUGGGUCCAAAUUCAGGGGAAGUUUUUGUGUUUUUGUACCCAGCUGAACUGUAUGUCUAUAUAUAGAGAUAAAUGCACAAAGAACUUCUCGUUAAUAAUGUAAAGGCUAAGUCUUUUUAUAAGAGAGAUUCUGCGUUAAAAGUUCCUGCAGAAAGGAAACGGCUGUGCAGAUCACAAACGUUAUUGUAAAUGACAGAAAAUAAAGUACCUGCCCAUGUACUUUGGGCUGUUGUGAUUACAUGAAAUACCCCGUGACAGACUAAAUGGAGAUCUGAGUCGAUAUGCUGGGCUCAAAGAAAAAAACAAACUCCAAUAAUCAAAUAGUCUGAAAGUCCUUACUGCAUCCAAGUCCCAUUAAGGAUGCUCCAGGGCUGGAUCAGAGCUGCAGAGAAACUUUGUGGCUGUUGUUUGUCAAGACUAAUGCUGAGAUUACUGUCUGAAUUUAGCUCUUGAUUAACUUUAUGGAGAUAAAUAGGCUCCUUAGAUUGAAGACAUUGGAGUCAGAAUCAGUCCCAUGAGAUCGAUUAGAGUCUUAUUGGUUGUUACAGCAGUGUAACGUGCGAUUAUUGCGAAGACUCCAUAAACGGGCAUAAUUUCAAAUGAAAACCUUUGUUUCUGUCAUGAUGAAAAUCGUCUAAAUUAUUCCUGUUUGAUCCGCAGCUGUCUUUUUCACAUGUCUAAUUUCGGAGGCUGUUCUGUUCAGCAGCCGCUCGCAGAGUGUCAUCGAGGUGUUGAAGUAGCACUCAGAGAAGCCAAAUGUGCCUGUGGAUCAGUAUUGACACGAGUCCCCCUGAUGAUGAAUGCUUCAGCACAUAAUGCACCCAGAAAGAAAGCCUCUUCGGGCUCAGUUUGCCUGCUGAAUUCAGCUUAACACCCACAGAGCACUCAGUGAAAUGAGUCACCCACGAAUACUUGUAUGAUAAUCAGCGAUGAUAGAAGUUGUGUAACCUGUCAUGUUUGGAGAUUUGAAUCUAAAAAGUCUGUUAACAAAUGAAGGAUGAUGUAACAUCUUUUUAUAGGUAGAGAGUUCAGUUAAAUGCUAAUUACUUCUUAUUCUCAAGAAAUCUCAUAAAAAGACCCCAAAACCAACAGAUAACAGAUCCCAGGUGUAUCUAAAGUCUAAAAUUUUAGUAGAAAUACAUACAAUAGAUAUUUUCUGUUAUUAUAAUGAUGUUAAUUUGUCACCCAAGCACCAUUUAAGUUGGCAUGGUACUGUGGAUGUUAGUCAAAACACAUAAACUCAACUGAAAACAGUCCCAACCACUCAAGACAGUUGUUUUGACUCUGUCAUCCUAAUAUCAAAGCCGCACUUUAAUGGGUGAGGAUAUAAUGUACAAUGAUGUAUUUGGAGAUGAAGCUGCAGAAUUGAAACCCCUUCCUAGAGUCAGUGUUUGCUUAACGUACGACUGAGAAAAUGUCACAGAUCCUUCAGACUCACUCAGACUAAGAGCAGAACAGAUUCUUGGGUUAAUUCGAAAGAGAUAACAAAUGGAUCCUGACUUAUGGUAUGCCGGAGGAAGUAUUGAGAAGAGUAGACAAGAUCUUGCUUCUGUUCUUUCUACGGGAAUUUGCCGUAAAAAUAGAUAGAUAGAAUUUGAUUUGUGCAUUGAACCAUAAAUUCACUGUAAAUGACCACCAAACAUAAAAAGUAAUGCCUCGUAUCUCUCUUGAACAAGCUGUUUAAUAGAGGACAUACUACAACCUCUUGAUGUGAGAGCUUUAAAGCACCUGCACCCAAAAGCCUCCUCUCAGUAAAGACAAAAUACUUUCUGAAUUACUCAUGAUGAUGCAGAAAGCAGCAGAUUGUAAUGGAACAUACAUAAAACUGUUGAGAUAACCCCUGAUGAAAUCGAACUAGUGAAAUCUUACACUGUACUAUUAUUAUUCAGAGUAGAAACAGUCCUUUUGAGACCUAUUAUUUGCCUGAAAACAAUCACGUAGUUUGCUACUUUAUACGAUCCAAACUCGGCCAAUCUGUUGGCACCUCCCCCUCAAAAGUACUUUGACAUCUCAAGCAACAUUGGCAAUAACCGUCCCUCCUCUAAAUCACUGUGACUUUAAUACAUCGAAUUACAAGUCCAACAAUCCUGCAAGCCAAUUUGCAGUGUGAAUGCUUGAAUCACACUCUGGGUGGUGGCUUUAGGCCAAAAAGAGCAUAAAACCAACCAUUCAAACCAUGAUGACAUCAACAGGAAACUCAUUCCUACCAUUUUUGGUGACAUACUUGACUGUUUUUUCUUGAAGCCAGAAAGCUGUAUGCACGUGUGGGAAUGUGUCAGAUUGAGUUUUGAUGAGUGGGCACAUGCGUCUGGUUGUUUGUGUGUUUGAUAUCUGCACAAUAAGGACAAUAAAACCCAAAUAAACUGACUCAUUUUCUUACUAGUGCACAACAGUUUAGCCGACUCAAAGGGGACGAGACAGGAAAUUGGACCGGUCCCGUUAAUUUCUCGGAUGAUGGAUCUGUGAAGCCUGCCAGAAAUGGAAGGAAAAGGUACCUUUGCUACAUAACACCUCUAAAAGAAGAGAGUGUGUGUGAGAGAGAGAUAGAAUGAAAGACAAAAAAUAAGUUUCAAAUUCAUCAUAGUGACAUUCCAGCCCUGCAUGCGUGGACUGGGCCCCUGGUUUACUCUCCAGUUUCCUCAGAGAACACAAUCUGCAAUUCUUUUUUUCUCUACUUGUCUUGAGAUCUGCAGGGGUUUCUUUUAAUAAAGAGGUUAUCAAGGGUUGGUAAUUUUCACAGGACUGACUACAUCACACAUUUAAAUCUAACUUAACCUGUCUGCAUGUUGACAGAUGUUUCCGUCAGAAUUUUCAGCCAGAUUCACAGAGCUCCGUAAUAGUCACACCCUGCCUAGCUGAUAUUAAGAAGAAAAAAAAACGCCCUCAAAGGUAGGCCAGUCUGAAGGCAUUUUUUAAAAGUCUUUCUCACAGAAACCCAGGAAUGCCUCUUUGUUUUUCAUUAGUUUUGAAAGGUACAAACUCUCAUAAUUUUUAAGUGGUGGUUGCACUUUCAGAUUUGCUCUUGCAUGUUGUCUGAUCCCGUUCACCUCGACCCCCCCCAGACCCCUGACACCUCUACAUCCCUUCCCUCCAGAAGCUGGUAUAGAAACCACGAUCUCCUCCUGAUGUACUGGCUUCCUCCUCGUACCUCUGUGUCCCAUUCAGCACCCCAUUUCCAAAUGCCUUGUCCUCCUCAACCUGUGUCUCAUGUGUUCUGCACAGCUCUGUGUGUAUGCCAUGUACAUAGUGUGGACACUUUCUCUGUGCUACCCCGUAUCUCCCCUUCUCACAUCUGCAUUGUCUCUGCGACCUGGAUUUACCCCCUUACCCCUUUAACUUAACCUUACUACAACAAGACAGGAACGUGCCAGAUUUGUUCCCCCUUUAAAGCUAAUAAUCUCCUUUCAGUCUUUCUCCUGUUGGACUGGUUCUGAACCAGCACUGUACUGUUAACCUAACACCCCUUCUGAGAUGAUGUCCAUCUCAAUGAGUGAUUUACUGUCUUGCUUUUAGAACUGAACAGAGAACACUUGCAAAGGUUUCAUCAUCUUAGCUAAAACAAGCAUGAUUACCCUUGUUUAAAGUGUCAGAUUUAUAAUAUAGCCCUCAGAAAUACACUGCAUCAUCAGGUGGAUGUAGACAACCAGUUUCAUUGUUCCUUAUUUGUACGAUUUCGUCCCAGCAUCUUGUUCCUUUAAUGCACCCCCCCAUUGUAUUGCUUGUUGUGUUCCUUUUUUACCAUUAUGAUUUCUUAACAAUCGCCUCAUUUACCUUCACAGCCAAAGGUAAUAUGUUGCAAUAUCAUCCAUUCGAACUCCACACUAUCUGAUGUAUCUGACAUCUGAUGUGAUAAAGAAUAACGCUCAUUCUGCCAAACACGCUCUCUUAUAACUGCAUUAAAUCACCUCAUAUUUCCCAAAGCAUUAUACAUGUAAAUUUGAAACAGAUUUCAGAGCUGCUAAUGUAUCAAAAAGGGGUAUAUUUUUAGACAGGAAUUACUGUGGAUACAGUUGAUUUUAAGGGAAGGGAAGCGUGCAAUAUUUAUUUACAUAACACAUUUUAUUAAACGCAGCCAAGGACAGAUGAGUCUGCCAGUUCUAGGCCAUCUGCCCAAGUCUAAAAGGGAAGUUAUAGAUCUGAGCUAAAAGAGAGAACCCCUCUGGGUGCAAAACUAUUGACAAUCAUACAAAAUCAUUUGGCUGAAAACUAUUUAACAACUGGUUAUGGCCUUGUGCUAUGAGAUAAACAGCGCAGUGAAACAAUGUUGUAUUUGCAUGUAAGAUAGGGAAAAAGCUCCACGACCUUCUAUGUUACACUAAUUAGUCGUCACACUAAAUUAAACCAUUUAGAAUUAAGAUUUCAGUCUUAAAUAUCAACUAAAUAUCAAAACUUUUAUCUGCCUUUUCUUAAUGUUUGCUUGAACUUCAUGUAGCUCUCCUUUUGCACUUUGAUUUGACCUCUUUCAGAGUGAACACUUUCCAAAAUGGUUAGUCAUAAUUCAGAGCAAUCAAGUAACACUGUGAGAGAAAUACUAAUUUUAGCUGAUUUAGCAUAACACUUAUUGUAAAAGGUCCUUACACACUGGGACCGACGCAAAAUCCAACGCGAAAUUACGAAAACAUUCAGAGGCGAAUUUCGACGCGCCUGACUAUACAUAUCAAGCCUGAUGCGAUUUUGCGACUUUUCGGGGGACACAAAUCGGGUGGAAGCGAAACUGACACAACAGCAGACUGACUGUUUUUCAGUUCUGAUUAGACACUAGUGUUGAGAUGUCUGUCUGUCAUGAUAGCAUGUACUGAGUCAGGGCCAGUACCAGAUAAGCGCAUUAAACUAUAAUCCAUAAAUGUAAGGUAACAACCGAGACCUAAUGGUGCUGUGACAGCAACGCGGUUGAGUUUGAGACAGUGAAAAUACAUAUGGUAUGUUGUAUCUGAACAGGUUAGCUUAUAAGCUAAAGUUACUUAGCACAGAUGAAAGUUAAAACAAAGAUGUUUAGCAAACUGUUAAAGCACACAAACUAUCCUUCAUCUUUGUAAUAUUUGUGUCUUUUAUCAAAAAGCACUCUGUUCUCCGACACGUAAACAAUCAGCAGAUCGGCCAUGUUGGAUAUACUGGUGAUACAGACGUCGCAACAACACGCAAUCUGAUUGGUCAGAAGUGGACACACAGUAUGCGAAACUUUAGAAAAAUCGACCGUGAUCUGAAAAAAUUAAUGCCGCAAUAUCACAGGACAGGAAAACGUCGCUUAGAUAUCAACUUAAAAUCAAAACUUUUAUCUGCCUUUUCUUAAUGUUUUGCUUGAACUUCACGUAGCUCUUCUCUGGCGCUUUGAUUCGACCUCUUUCAGAGUGUCCACUUUCCAAAAUGGUUAGUCAUAAUUCAGAGCAAUCAAGUAACACUGUGAGAGAGAGACUAAUUUCAGCUGAUUAGCAUAACACUUACAGUAAGGCACAAUUUGGGGUUGUUAAAAAGUAUCCCCAUGGCUAGAGUUUCUUAGGAUGUCAAAGUGAUGGCAUUCAUCCAAAGGUGGCUAACAUUGGCUGAAAGCUCAUCAUAACAGAUAAAGUUAAACCAAUCCAUCCAAAACUUCAAAUUCUGAUCAGAUUAGCACUUUUAAUUCUGAGUUUUACCUUUUUUUAGUCAGAGGAGGAAUGAGUAAUACAUCGUUUUGUCUUCGACUGUCCUCUGAAAAGCAGAAGCAAAAUUACUGUAAUAACGAUGUCAAUAUCUUAACCACCAUUGAAUCAAAAUUAAAAGUUAAGUAACAUCUAUUUUGUAAAAAUAUUAAAUCCAUCCACCCCAGAGAAGUUUCAUUAUUGAAAGUGCAAGACUUAAGAGAAAAUAUGUUAUAUUUCCUCUGCUAACAUAUAUUUAGCAAUUUGUUAACAUUCGAAUUUUCAUCCCAAACAGCCCACGCUGCAUUCCUGUACAUAAACCUCCACACACAUUAACCCAGAUUGCAUGCCGACGCUGAUGCUGCAUGCAAAUACAAUGUUGUGCUGCAAGAAAAAAAGGCAUCAUGGUUAAUAAUAAGAACCCAUAAAUAAAUGGUAAAUUAGCAAUGUCUUAAUCAAUUCAAAAUCAAGACUGAAUCUUCUAAACCCUUUUCUGCAGAACCUCUCUGUCAGUGAAACUCAGACAUUGUUUUUGUUUUCUUUUCGGUUCCUGUUGCCAUUGAAAUGAAAAUGUGUGUAAAAGAAAUGCUCUCAUACUCCAGUGACAGUUUUUAAACUUUUUAAAGUUUUAUUGGUUAUUGUCUCCAUGUUGUGAUUACCCGUUUGCAUGAACAUUUGUGUACGUGUUAAUGCCCAUGACAAACUAUAAAUAAGCUACUGUGUAAAAAUGCAUGUUUGUGCAGCAGGCUCAACUGACAUCCUGUAUUAACUUAACUCAGUGAAUUAUAUGAAUAUUAAAAGCACGCAGUAUACAAUAGAAGCACUACAGCGAAUUUAUCACCAAGUUAAAAGCUGGGAUCACCAACCUUUUUCCUUCCAGGUGCAGAGUAACUAUGCACUUAAGUUACCAGUAUUAAAGCGCACACGUUUAUAUCAUUACCAGUUAGAUGAAUAUAAGUAUGAGAGGUAUUAUGUUUUUCAGUUAAAAUGUGACUUUGGUUUAGACUAAGAUGGAACAGAAUCUGGUGCAAGUGUCCAGAAAACAGUCUGUUACUAACCUAUUUGUGACGCCUUAAAUCAACCCAUCACGUCUUGUCAUUUGUCAUCCCACAAUGCUUUACUGAUACUUUAGUAUUUCACAAGGUAAAACUACACAUUUAAGAAUAGAUAUUAAGAUAAGAUAUUUUCCUUCACACACUGCUUUUAAAAUAUUGUAUUUUCACUGUACUUGAGUGUUGUUGAUCUCUUUGUAUACAGGGGUUUAGGCAGAGGAUGACUGUGUCUGUCUCUUCAGGUAUCUGGAAAACUAUGAUGGCUCCUUUGAGUUCAACUCAACAGCAUGCAGGGAGUUCAGACAGGAAAUCAUGGACGUCAAAGUCUUGACAAUGUGAGUGUUCAUAAUGAUGAAGCUAACCCUUGUUGUGGACACCUUGUGUGGAAUAACAUCUUUUUCCCUGAAGGUAAUGUUCAAGCACUCACCAGGUGAGUAAUAUAAGAAUCCAUCACCUGGUUAUGUUGUAAGGUUAAGCUGCAGUUUACAAUUACAAAAAUAAAAGAAGGAUUAUGAACUGAGUUUUUUUUAAACCUGUUGUCUAAUGAAAUUAAAAUGGCCCCAUCCUAGCUUGUCAUCCUAGCUGCUCUGUGAUGUUUGCACGUAAAUCUUUUCAAUGGAUUUGAUUGCCUUUAAGCCUUGUCAUUAUUUGUUUCUUUCUAUUUUCAUGUAACCACUUAGUGCUCAGGGGGCUUAGACUGAUCUAAUUACAAUAAAUUGAAGGCAAAAACAGCUUGUCAAAGAUGACGUUCAUUUCUAUAAUACCUCGUGUUAAAAUGUCAGUUUAGCCGCAGUUCACAAUCAAUAAAGCAUAUCCACAUAUCCCAGUAUGUUUACAUUCAUAGGACUCCUCAACGGGCCAGUGGUGCUGUUGGCAAUUUCAUGGGCAUAUUUCUUGUUGUAUGAAUAUGAACAUUGUCCACUGACCUUUUUGUGCAUGCCCCUCAGGCUGCCAAACUUUAAUGUCCACUGAUUCUGUCCGCUCGAUGGAGAGCCAAGAGCCUCUCUGUCUGAAGCAGAGAGCAGCUGCUGUCACUCUGCCUGACAGUCAAUGUAAUGGUGCCACCCAGCCUCCCAGAGCAAAUCACAUCUUUCAUUCCAAUCAUCUCAAAGGAGAUGUCAGUUCAAGGACAGCUAUUUGCAGACAUGCUCGAUGAAACCCAGCCUUUGAAUUGAACAGUCUAGAUCCAGUGGCAUCAGUACCCCCAUCACAGAGGAGUAAUCACUGCAAUUGUCUGACCUCUUGUUUGGCUUCUUGAAUCAUUUUUGUGAUGUCUCUUCAAUGUACUACCCUUGUAGAAACUUCAAACGGAAAAUACAUGGCCAUGGGUAUCCUCCCUUAUCCCACAAGUCUCUCUUCCUGUCUGCCAGGGUGAAAACAUCAGAGCUGUUUGAGAGAUGGCGGAACCUGCAGGUGUGUAGGUGGGAGCAGAACAAGGAGGAAACCAGCAACUUCAAGUGAGCAUUACUCAGCCAGAAAAAUCAAUAUCAAUGUGUCUGAACACCUUAUGGGUCACACAGCAGCUUCAUGAUGCCCUGUUUUUCUUAUGUUAGGUCCUUUAUAAUGUGUAGCACAUCGGUAAUGUUACUUCGGGCUUUUACACACGUGGACAAAAUUGUUGGUACCCCUCAGUUAAAGAAGGAAAAACCCACAAUUCUCACUGAAAUCACUUGAAACCUACAAAAGUAACAAUAAAUAAAAAUUUAUUGAAAAUUAAAUAAUCAAAAUCAGCCAUUACGUUUGAAAUGUUGAUUAACAUAAUUAUUUAAAAAAAAACAAACUAAUGAAAUAGGGCUGGACAAAAAUGAUGGUACCUCUAUAAAAGAUUGAAAACUAUUUGACCAGAGUGACAUGAUUAACUCAGGUGUGUCCUUUAAUUGACAUCACAGGUGUUUCCAAACUCAUAAUCAGUCAGUCUGCCUAUUUAAAGGGAGACAAGUAGUCACUCUGCUGUUUGGUGAAAAGGUAUGUACCACACUGAACAUGGACAACAAAAAGCGAAGGAGAGAAUUGUCCCAGGACAUCCGAAAAAAAAAAUUAUAGACAAACAUCUUAAAGGUGCAGGCUAUAAGACCAUCUCUAAACAGCUUGAAGUUCCUGUGACAACAGUGGCUCAUAUUAUUCAGAAGUUCAAGACCCACGGGACAGUAGCCAACCUCCCUGGACGUGGCCGCAAGAGGAAAAUUGAUGACAGAUUGAAGAGACAGAUCGUUCGAAUUGUAUCCAAAGAGCCCAGGACAACCUCCAAAGAAAUUAAAGGUGAACUCCAAGGCCAAGGUACAUCAGUGUCAGAUCGCACCAUUCGUCGUUGUUUGAGCCAAAGUGGACUUCAUGGGAGACGACCAAGGAGGACACCACUGCUGAAAAAAAAUCAUAAAAAAGCGAGACUGGAAUUUGCAAAAAUGCAUGUUGACAAGCCACAAAGCUUCUGGGAGAAUGUCCUUUGGACAGAUGAGACCAAACUGGAGCUUUUUGGUAAGGCACAUCAACUCUAUGUUCAUAGACUCAAAAACCAAGCAUACGAAGAAAAGAACACUGUCCCUACGGUGAAACAUGGAGGAGGCUCAGCAAUGUUUUGGGGCUGCUUUGCUGCAUCUGGCACAGGGUGUCUUGAAUGUGUGCAAGGUAAAAUGAAAUCUGACGACUAUCAAGGCAUUCUGGAGAGAAAUGUGCUGCCUAGUGUCAGAAAGCUUGGUCUCAGUCGCAGGUCAUGGGUCUUCCAACAGGACAACGAUCCAAAACACACAGCCAAAAAAACCCAAGAAUGGCUGAGAGAAAAGCGUUGGACUAUUCUAAAGUGGCCUUCCAUGAGCCCAGAUCUGAAUCCCAUUGAACAUCUGUGGAAGGAGCUGAAACAUGCCAUUUGGAGAAGACACCCGUCAAACCUGAGACAACUGGAGCAGUUUGCUCAUGAGGAGUGGGCCAAAAUACCUGUUGACAGCUGCAGAACGCUCAUUGACAAAUACAGAAAUCGUUUAAUUGCAGUGAUUGCCUCAAAAGGUUGUGCAACAAAAUAUUAAGUUAUGGGUACCAUCAUUUUUGUCCAGCCCUAUUUCAUUAGUUUGUUUUUUUUAAAUAAUUAUGUUAAUCAACAAUUCAAAAGUAAUGGCUGAUUUUGAUUAUUUAAUUUUCAAUAAAUUUUUAUUUAUCGUUACUUUUGUAGGUUUCAAGUGAUUUCAGUGAGAAUUGUGGGUUUUUCCUUCUUUAACUGAGGGGUACCAACAAUUUUGUCCACGUGUGUAGGUGUGUGCGCUGCUCUGUAUGAGAAUUUUCGAUUGUUGUUUGUUUUGACAUUUUUUUUAUUCUAUCAUUGACGCUAGUGUGGGGGCAGAUAAAUGUUUGCAGCAGUGGAGCAAAGAAAUAUUUCCUUAGAUGUGCACAAAGUGUAUCACAUCAUUUUCCAUCAUAUCUUAUUGUUUCGUAUCAUAUUUUAUCAUAUAAAAUCUUAUCGUAUCAAAUCUUGUCGUAUCAAUUAUUGUAUUGCGUCACAGUGUGCCGUACUGUUUUGUGUCGUUUUGUAUUGUUUUAUAUCCAAUCUUAUCAUAAUGUAACAUACUGUAUCGUAUCGCAUCACAGCCUAUCAUAUCCUAAUGUAUUGUAUUGUAACAUAAAGUAUUGUUAAAAGAAAAAUAUACGAAAAAUUUCUUUCAAUUACAGACAUGACUUCACCACAUCUCACAGGGAAAACUGUGUUCAUUCAAGUGUAUUAGUCGUCCAACGAAAUGUACAUGCUCAACAUUGUUUUCACUUUUUCUCAGCCAUUUAAAAUAAUGAUGAAAUAUGAGAGAUUUACGUCUUAUUGAUGCAUUAAAACUCUGACAGGAUGUUUUACUGUCUAUAAAUUCCUUUGAGGGGAGAUCAAGAAUUGAAUGUUGUUGCUAACAAACACAAGUGAAAUAACAGCCUACGGUUACAUUGUACAUUUCUCCGUACACAGAUGAGGUUUUUGCAAACAUGAGACUGUAGUUAUAUUAAACUUUGUUGUACAUGGACUUGCACAUGUUCCUAUUUUGUGGUGCCUCCUGGACAUUUACAUAUUUCAAUGUAAAAAAUAUGCAGUUUGUUGACAUUCUAUAUUCUGGUUUGAAAAAAAAAAAACCAGACCAGACAGAUUCAUCUGUUGAACUGCAAAUAGAGGAGGUAAACCCAGUGUCAGGACAACAUAGAGGUUAACCUAUUAUUGGUCUUGGUGGUGAAAUGAAGUGUUUACCAAAUGAACUAACUCUGUUUUUUUCCUACUAAAGGAUGUCCCUGUCUCGCUGCUGUAACGCUCCCUCCUUUUUGUUCACCACCAAGAGAAACACUCCUGCAGGGACCAAGCUGAGGUAUGAGGUGGACACAAGUGGUAUCCUUCCCAUCACCACUGAGGUCUUUAAGAUGUUCCCAGAUGUGAGUUCAACUCUUUACAAGUAUUUGACAUCACCCAGUAUUGAUAGUUUUGUUCUGAUCUAUUGGUAUAAUUCAACUAUGAUGGUGUGAGAUCUCAUUGAUUUGAAAUCUUUUUGACGCUGUCAGUUUGAAAUUAACAGAUUGUGUGUUUGUUUUUCAAAUCCAGGAUAUGCCGUAUUCCAAGUCUCAGUAUAAGAAAUGUGCUGUAAUUGGAAAUGGCGGCAUCAUCAAGAACAGCAAAUGCGGAAAGGAAAUUGACUCUGCUGAUUUUGUGUUUAGGUAUACGGGGUAAAAUCAUUCAAUGUGUUGUGUCGGGGCUGCAUGGUGGUUACUGUUGCUUAAACCUGGUACUGCCAAAUUCUGGCUUCUGAUUUUUGACAGCUGAUUGGCUGGCUGACAGAAAUCUGUUCCUAGUAUCAAGUCAAUGAAGCUGCAUGUUUAGUUUUCUCCUUCAGUGGAUGAGAAAACACAUAAAUAAUUACGAAAGAAUAUAGCACCCAUAAUUUAGUUUAGCAUUUGUUCGUUUUAAUGCAACACGAGAAUGCCAUCCUCUAAAUGCUCUUAUAUUGUUGGUUUUGGAAGGCAGGAUGAAACUAUUACAAAUUGUAAUCGAGUCAAAUUACUGCCUCAUGUGUCCUGCUUUAACAUCAUCACACAGGCACAGCUUGCCAUGUUGAAAGUCGCUGAAUCAUGAUUCAACGACUGCUGCUGAGGAGAGGAAGACAGACAGUCAAUUAUGAUAAUGUAAACACUUAACUCUGACUCACUGCUAUUCUGUCCUCCAUCUAUUGUGCAGCCCAACACAAUGCCUCUCCAGCAUGCCUACUAAGUCAAAUCAAAUGUGAUUGAACUGACCUUUUUCUUUUGCAGGUGCAACAUACCACCCAUUAAUGACAAGUACACUGCAGAUGUAGGCACAAAAACAGAUCUGGUGACUAUUAAUCCCAGUAUUAUUACUGAGAGGUACUGUAAAUAUACUUCUACGUCAAAAAAAAUUACAUCCCCCCCUUUUCCAUGUGUUCUUCUCUUGUGCCUUUUGUAACCUCAUGAUGCACUUACCGCAGGUUUCAAAAGCUGGAGAAAUGGCGGCGACCUUUUUACGAAGUCCUCCAGAACUACGAGAACUCCUCAGUGGUGCUUCCUGCAUUCUACAACACCCGCAACACCGAUGUAUCUUUCAGAGUCAAGUACAUGCUGGACGACUUCGACUCCCAGAGAGGCGUGUUCUUCUUCCACCCGCAGUACCUCCUCAAUGUGCAGCGGUUCUGGGCGGUGCAGGGUGUCCGGGCCAAACGCCUCAGCAGCGGUCUGAUGCUGGUGACAGCUGCCAUGGAGAUGUGCGAGGAAGUCCAUCUCUACGGCUUCUGGGCAUUCCCAAUGAACCCCUCUGGCAUCUUUAUCACUCACCAUUACUAUGAUAAUGUCAAGCCAAGACCGGGCUUCCAUGCGAUGCCGCAUGAAAUAUUCAAUUUUAUUCACAUGCAUACCCGAGGGAUCAUUAAUUUACACACAGGGCAGUGCACAUGAUCCCCUAAAUCAAAUCUUUGAAAGUGGAAACUCAAUAUUCAACACUUUAAGUUGUUUUAAAUCUUGUUUACCCAUUGAAUUGUAUCGGUUGUCAGCCAAUAAUAGUUUUUUAUCCCAUUGUAUUCAAAAAGAUAGUCUGCUUUAUGUACACAUCCUUUCUUACUAUUUCACUGACACAUUGAAGGUUGCCUGCUGUAAAGCCAACAUAAAAGUACCUUUUAGUUUUGAACUUUUUUGGUUUAGCCAAUCAAAACCUGGUGGUUCUCUCAGACUCUCUUACCACGGGAUGCUUGUUUUUAAUGUGAAAAGUGGUCUUCAUAGUGAUGUCGUUUCUGUGAAGUUUUCUAGUGGCUCUGCUGUACAGAGGUGUUGUUUUCUACUCAACGUUGCACAGAUAUUUACGCUGAAAUGGGCCGCACUGGGUGUCUUUGUGCCCCCUCAUUUCCUUUCUCUUCUCUCUUUAUCUCGGACACUCUGUGGGUGUUGCAGCUUUUAAUGUUUGUGUUAUACAAAACCUAAGCUAAUGAAAUUAAGCUAGUAUUGAAAAAAAAAAAAGAAUAACUUCUAACAUUGUCUACUUUUGUAAUCUAUUUCUUAUUCACCAGAGUCGCUGGGUGAAUAUUUUAGAGUACUACAAAAUUGGCCUGUUUUCAGUGGCCCUCUCCUUGUCCUAUUUCAAAAAUUUCUUCCAAUGUUUCCAGCGAAGAAAUUGUGUGCAAGACAAGUUUGAGACAAAGGACACUGACUACAGCCAGAAAAAUAUUUUACAAUUUCCCCAUUUCAGCAAACCUUUGCUAUUCAAGGCCAUCCAAUUUGUAAAAACAACAUACAGCAAUGUUUAGCGACCCAGCCUCUCUUUGUCAUUCAUGUCUUAAACCAUGCUGCCUUAUACGAUAACACCCCCUCUUUAUGAUAUGCAAUGCACCUUUGUGUUUUUGCGAAUCCACAAUACAUGAAUAUAAGUAUAAAUCUUAACUUGUCUCUUGAAUUGGAGGACAUUUAAGACUCUGUAAGGUAUAGAAAUUCUUGUGCAUUUCUCAGACUGUAAUCUAUUGGAAUUAGUGAAGUCUUACCGUAAAGUCCAUUCAUAAUCAUGUAAUGCUCUGCAUGACUUUACUCUAUACUUGGCUUUGUGUGUGCCUGCUUCAAUGAUCACUGAAAUAUGUUUACACUUAAGCCUCCACUGGAGUUCACAGUGCUUUUGAAGAUACAUACGUAGACUUUUUCCACAGAUGAUGAGCGGAUUAAGGUAAAUUUUAUAGAAGUGGAUGCAUGAUUAAGGACGCAAGAAUGAAGAAUGGCUGCUGCCCUCUUUGUGAAAUGUUAGGACACUUGUAGGACUACUAUAUUGGUUCACUUUCCCCUUAAAACUGGAAUUUCUGUUAUUGUUCAAGCAUUGGCUAGCUGUGCUUUUUUACUUUUCUUUUGUUGCACACUGCAAAAGAGACUGUAAACUAUUAUUUUUUUGGCUUCAUUUGAGUUCUUAGCUGUGCAGCUGUCCAUUAUUACUAAAUGUUUGAAGGACAUCAUUGCUCAUUAGAUUUAAGAAUGCUUUUUCAUUUGUCUGCUCAGAUUUUUUGUGUGCUAUUGCACAAGAAACAAAAAAAUUUAAUACCAAAUACAUUUUGGCUUGACCACUAAAUAGUAGACGCAACUGACUCAAGAAUGGAAAAGGAAAGAAACUGGCCUGUGUACCGGAGGGUGUCGAUAUAUAGUAUAACACAGUGCUUCUUAAUUAACUGACUCUUGAUCAUUCUUUCUACUGUAUUGUGUUUGUAAAUAAACUUGUUUGGAUUUUCUUACCUA